AUGUUGCUUAUAGAUAAAGAUAAAGAUAAAGAUAUCGGUAUUGGUGUGCACGAAUUGGCAAGACAAAUAUUUCAAUCAAAAGAAUUUAUUGAGAGCGUAUCAAGUUUGAUUAAAAAAGCUAUUGCACCUUACAACAACGUGUCAAAUUACUGGAAGCCCUAUAAAAAAAAUUCCAGUGCGGCACUGGGAGAUCGUUUAGAAAAAUUAGACUCAAGUCACAAUCAUUUAGCUACAUAUGAUCGUCGUUUAAAUCUUCGAAUACAUGGAAUUUCAGAAGUACAAGGCGAAAAUUUCGAACAACUAGUGAUUGAUACAUGUUGGAGUAUAGGUGUCAAUAUUACAUCUGGUGAUUUUUCUGUGUGUCAUUGUUUAAUUCGUAGUGGAAGUAAUAAUAAUCAAAAGCAACUACGAAAUCAAGCACCACGUGGAAUUAUUGUUCGAUUUAUUCAUUAUAAAUCCAAAUCAAAUAUAAUGAUGAACAAAAAACGUUUGGACAAACCAAUAUCGAUCAAUGAAGAUUUGAUACCACAUAAUUAUAAAUUAUUUAAAUACGCCAAAUCAAAAUUAGAUAAGAAAAAGGUACGUACAUUAAAUGGAAUUGUCAUAUAUCAUGAUGGUAAAAAGAAUGUUGAUUUAUUUACACAAAAUGAUGUUGAUUGCUUAUUAGAUGAAGAAGAUGAAUAA